CACACAUGAACAAAUAUAGCUCGAUGAUUAAAGUGAUCAAUUUUGAUUUUCGUACCCAUCCUUGUUCUCUGCUCUUCAUAACUAGUAUCAUUAACACAACCCACAUUAUCAUUUACUGAUUGAUGACCAAAAUUAUGGCGCAACAAUGGCAGAAAGGACUAUGAAGUAUAUGAGCUUGACAUAACGACGAACUUCCUGAACUACUUUCUCUUCCUCGAAAACUUGUAAGAACAAGCACUGCAACGAGUACAACAGAUACAACAAGUACGAAAGAACAACCAGAGAAAAUCAAUUCAAGUAUCACAAGUCGUGCAUCAAUUCCUAGUACAACGAAACUACUAGUACAGCAGUCAAUCUAUUCGGACUUGUUCCUAAGGAGUCACACUAAAACCAAUCGUGUUGAUCAUUCCACCUGACUAACUAUACCUACCAUCAACAUGCCCUCUCAACGUAACUGUGUGAAGAAGCUGAAGCAGGCAGUGGUCGUGGGUGCGCUCAGCAGCGGGACCUGCAACUACGCCUAUGCGUAUCAGAAGAUCCGCCAGUCCAAGAAUAACGACAACCAAGAAGGGCCUCCUCAUGAUCACGAUGAAAGCGAGACCACUCGUAAGCCGUGUCGCGGCAACCUGCGUGGAGUUGAGGCUUGUCCUAAAAAUGGUGCAUCUUAUUUGGAGUACUUGUAUGUUGUCCCAACAAGAAGGAUUGUUCGUCUUAUAAUACUUACACAACCUACACCUGCUUCAAAGUUCUUUUGUUCAUCUUAUACUAGUACACCUUCACCUUGGUAAAAAAUAUACUGUAAUUAUAAUUUCGAGUGCUCAUCUGUUGUGCAUGAUCUAUUAAUUCUUCCAAGUGUCCAACGAAUAGUUACUAGAGUCAGCACGAUUAUCUAAAUAUUACUUCAAAAUGUUAAACAUCGAGUCCAAUCCGUUCCUCAGGCCGCUUACUAUCAAUACACCUUGCUUGGUUUGACGACCACUAUGAGUUGGAGGGUUUUGUCAAGGAAAAAACAUCUCACUCUCAAAGAUGACAGACGUCCAAGGUGAAUUUGGCCCAUCUUCUCUAAUUGAAGAAAGGAACCUUGCGAUGAUCAUGAUUCCGCUCGCUCUGCGCACACCGACGAAGCAGAGAUCCAAGAAGAUGUCCUGGAUGAGACUGCGACCGUUCCUACCGCUUUUAUGGUGACUGAGGCGAUCAGGACCAGGAGACAAUGGCAGACGGCUCUGGCUGCGUCCCGUGGAAAUCUCGGUGGAAGAGGUUAUGGACAAGUGAAGAGUAUCUACUACAUGAUUAGAAAUUUCCUGUACAUGAUUAGUCAUCUCAGAGAGUUUAACAAAAACAAACAUCAUCCCAUGAUUAGAUCCACGAGGAGGAUCAUGCUCGAUUUCGUCAACACCAUGCAGGGGAAUUUUUCUUCAUCCUAAGCAUCAGCCCAUACGUAGACCCAGCCCCUCUGAUUCAGUUCCUCAACAGCAAGUAUAGGAAGCUACGAUCUAAUAUCACUUUUAUUCAACUUGCAACUAGAUAUAUGUUACAGGAGAUCGCGAGAGGGCAAUGAUCAUGAUGAAGUAGAAGUAAGGGUCGUGUUGUUGUUUGUCCUCAACAAGGAUGCACCUGAGCAUGCGAAGGCGUCGCUCUAAUUCAACCCGGCAAGGGCUCAGCGAACAAAUGCAAAAAUCGCUCAGGCAAAAGUGGCACUGGCAGAGGCAAAGAAGGAGUACUAAGGCGGACUGUGCAUCCUCAGAGGCAUGCCUCUUUACUUUACACCUAGAAAAAGUAAACGCGAAAAAUGUGGUGACGGGGGCACUUCAAGAUUAGAAAGGCAUCCUCCAGGACGUGUAUGGCCCUUUUUAACAGGAUAUGAAGACGAUUACUCUAAUUCAAUCUACCCAUCCCCGCGCAGAAUGCGCCGGCGAAACGGACAGAAGCGCAACCCCAACAAGAGCAUUAAGACCACUUCCAAUUAAUAGGUAGACUCCACUCCUCCUGUUAACGACAAAAAGCAAAGGUCAAGGAUGCACUUCUAGUGGAUAUGAUGAUGAUUACUCUAAUUCAAACAGGCGGAGCCGACUUCUAUUUACUAUGUAUCCUCGACGGCAUCCCUGGCCUCUGUACACUCAGAAACAGUAGAGGCCAAGGAUUCGCUUGAGGAUGUGAAGGCGAUCGCUCUAAUUCAGGUUAAAUCUAAUAAGUAUCACUUUUUUUCAACUUGUUACUACAUAUAUGUUACAGGAGACAGCGUCCGAGACAAUGAUCAUCAUGAUGAAGUAGAAGUAAGGGUUGUGAUCUAACUCAAGAGCGAGAAGGCGGAAGAGCAGGGAGCACCAAAACUAACAGAGGAGGAACUUCUCCAGCAUAAUUAAGGGGACUUCAAAAUAAAUGAUAUACAUCCUCCACGACAUCCCUGGCCUUUUUUCUUCACGUAGAAAAAGUAAAGGUCAAGGAUGCACCUCCUGAGGAUGCGGAGGCAAACGCUCUAAUUCAAGAUAGCCACUCUCAAAGAAGAAAUUAUUUAUGGAGACGAAGCGCGCCAACGCAUCUUGAAAGUCAUCCCUGUCCUCUUUUCGCCUACGAAAAGUAGAGGUCAAGGAUGUAUGUGAUGAAAGAAGAUGCGAGGGCGAUCGCUCUAAAUAGCGAAGCAGAAUAAGAGGGUCGAGAAGAAAACGAAAAGUGCAAAACUUAAGGGGAUAGAUAUAGCCAAGCUAGAGGUAAAAACUUCAUCGGGAAAAGCCACAAAGGACCUAAAGCGCAUGCGCGGCGAGUUGAGUGGAAUUGUUGUUAUGCUAGAAUAGCGUAGGUGUUCGACAUAACCAAUUUAGGAGCGUUGUCGGUGCUGGCUGUCAUCCCAAACAUCAUACCAGUACUCCGCAUUCAGGGGGCUGCGCAUCCUACACGCAGUGCACUCGGGACGCCGAGCGUAAUAUUCCAUAAUCCAUAUUCUGCAUUCAUUCAAAACAAAAAAGUCCUGUAAUCUGUAUUCGAAAGACAAACAAUCAUCCAAAAGCUACCCAUGCAAAGAAAGUUCAAAUCGAAAAAAAAAAAAAAACGACCAAGAUGCCUUCGUGAAUCCGUAAUCUGUUUCCGGGAAAACAUCCGCACUCGCUUCACACAAAUAUCCAUCCAUUGUAAAUGAAGUCCAUAGUCAAUCAGUUUAAGAAGGCGACACAAAAUGACGCCCAACAAAGUGUCGAGAUCCCCGUUGGUAUUCGAUAAUGUCGCCGACGCUCACGUCAAAUUCCUCCAACUAGCAAGAGGAAGGAGCAACAAAAUCAAGUACUCAGCCGAAGUAAAACUUCAGUUAGAACAUGGCGAAGAACGUCAAAAAGUCCAUAAUGGACUCGAAUUCCCGGGCUCUAUCUCAAGUAACCAAGCACUUGGGGCAAUCCUCCACGACAUCAGCGCGCAGUUUGCGUUCAGUAUCAAAUCAAUCAUCUCAGCCGGCUCAACGUAUGAGAUCGCUGAUAAUAGCGAGAGUGUCACUGACCUCGAGUUUUUAGCAAAAAUCCACGUUGGGGGAAUUUUCAACCAGUUUCCUUUUUCAAUAUUCAACGCAGACGGACCGCCACUAAAGAAGCGCAGUGUCGAGUCCGGGUCGUCCACCAUCAGCGAACCGUUCAUCACAGUCAUAGCCAUUCAUCAUCUUAGCACUCUUGGCAACCUCAUGUGCACCGCAGUACUAGAGGCAAGAUUCCACGAAGGUCCCAAAAAAUUCUCCGGUGUCAUCACGUGUAAAUGUGACAGAAUCUCCCGCAGCGAAUUCAACGAAUUAUUACUACUAGACAUCAGCGCCGCGCAUAACUAUCGAAUAUCCAGACAUGCCGCAGCUUUCCACCAAAUCCACAAUCUUGCUACUGACGUCGUUUGGAACAACAUCAACAACGAGCCACAUACUAUUCGAGCCACCAAUCAAAAGCGCGAGGACCUAAUAAUGAUGAGUGCCAGUUCGAUUUCCUUUCGCGUUUGCGUGAUUGAGGCGCUAAAUGAAACAGGGACGGAGUUUAUCUGCAUGGGAUACCAGCACCCGCCUACCAAUUCACGCGGUCUAAUCCAUUUCAACAUCAUCACCCCCGAAAACUUCGCAUCAGAUAAGGAAAUGCUGGCACUAUGUUCCGAGGCGGUGAAAACAGAGAAGAAGUGGAGCGGCGCCGUUUUCGAAUCUUACUACAAGUCAGCAUCGAUUCAAGAAAUGGCGAACAAAUUCAAAGAACAAGGUGCACCAAGUAACAGCAAAGAAGUGAACAUCAGCAACUACAUCCAAGAAUUGCGAGCAAUGGCAAAAAACUCUUCGCCGUUUCUUCAGGCAAAAUUCAGCAGCAGUAAAGAGGUGGGCAGCAUGAUUUUCAACAAGAGCGGACCCAUACUCGAGAAAGCGUGCAAGAGCUGCCUCAUCGAAAUCAAUCCGAAUUCCAACUCUUGCACUCGCACGCGCAGACUCGACUCUUGUCAUAGUCAAGUGGUCUUCUGCGGAUUCGCUGCAGACGAGACGCAGGCAGUCCAACUUUCUGAUGAAGUUAUGUCAUUCAAGUUAAUGAUCAGCUCGAAUCUAUCCAGUCAUCUAACGUAAACCAUCUACAGGCUAUCAAAGGCCACGCCGAAGCGAGGGCAUUGGUUGCAAUGGAAAGAAGCAAUCCAAGGUGGCUAUCACGCUGCGAAACUACGUUUGUUCGGAAGCACGUGCAACCUAUUCAAUGAAUUUCCAAUGGAAGAGAACUUCUCCAAGCUCAUCAGCAACCACUCACUCUCGACAACUCUCACACUUGUGUCAUGCUUCCCGCAUUUGGGAGCGGCGAUCGCGACCUUAUUCGCUUACACAAGCUGGACUGACAUGCAAGCACUAGGCCGAACUAUAUCCGCUUUGGCGAUCGUCUACCCAGACAUGGAGAACAGCGCUACAAUCAAGGUAAAUCGCUGCAUUCAAAUCCAAUUAAACGAUCAAAAGUAAACAACAGCCGACAUGUCGUCACAAUCUUGGAGCUCAGCUACGUCCUCAGCAACCAUUUGUUCACAGGUCAUCACGGGACUAGCGUACUCAAUUAAGCCUGGACAAGAAUUCAGCAGAAGUUUCGCCCGGUGGUGCGCACAAAGUGCUACUCUCCCUCCACCCCUGUUCACGGAAGAAGUGUGGUCCACAAGCGGAACCGAAUGCAUUCGCAAAUCAAUCAGAGACAUGGAUUGUCAACAGAUGAAUCACGGAGCUGAAGACGACCUUCGCACCGUUCUAGGAAACUUCACUGGUGAAUUGCGUCAGAAAGGAGCAAGUCUCACGAUGUACCAGGCCCAUGAGUCUAAGGACAGCAUCUAUUUCAACAAUAAUUCGCCAACAUCAUCAGCAGCAGGCAGUGAUGGUAAAUAGAUUGCGAUGCCAAUUCAGGGCGAAUCGCUUGAAGUCAACGCAAUCAAAUCGUUGAGCAAGUACUAGCUCACUCUGAGAACAUUGCAAACCACACUGAUGGCAACCAAUGAAUCACAUGCAGCGAUACACUGUUUGAUGCACAUGCCUUAGCCAUCAAGUAACAUGACCGAGCCAACGGAAGUAGGAAACGCAGCAGACUAUAGUAGUCAUGUAAUCACUCAAUCACCACGCAUCAUUGACCAACAACAGGUCAUCACAUAUUCGAGUCAACGAAGUCAAGCAUCGUCUUUCCGUACCAAAUCAACAGGAGCAAAGUGCGUUGCAUUGGCGAGCUUAGUCUUUUUUGCGGUCAUUAUUCAUAAUUAUUUUUACUCGACUAGUGCAGUUCAGAGCAUCAAGAUGACGCGAAUUCUUGAAGAAGUCAAUAAGUACUUGGAGGCCAGUCCAUCAGCCGGGUCAGCAGCCGACUCAGAUUGGGACGGUUACACUCAAGAAGAGUGGGAUGACUGGUUUUACGGUAAAAGAUGCACAAAUAAGGACGCUGAACCUGAGUCGGAUAUUUUGAAUGAAUCAAAGAAAGCAAACACUUCGGACAACAACGCGCAAGCUUUCACUUCCAACUCGUCACCAACCAUCCAGCGCAUCAGUAAUUGCCGUGAGUAUUGUGCCACAAAAUUAAACAAAAACAUGUCGGGCGACGAAGGUCUUGGCGGGCCACCAGCGCCGCCGAUCAGUUAUUUGCGCCUUUCAUGCGAUAAAAGCUUCUCCAUCUUGGGAGCGUGUGUGGUGUGCAAAAACAUGAAAGAGAGCAACGCUUUGCGCACAAUAGGCAUCUGCAAUGAUUGCAAGCGCAUUCAAGGGCCAAUGGUCCACAGCUUCUUCUAUGUCGUGGGUAUCGACGACCCAGAAAAAACGACUUGCACAGCGUGCAACAACCAAAAGUCGCUGGCAAGGAUGACCGACGUCAAAAAAGCACUCGCGGUAUAAUCUUACAACGCCACUCCAUGAGUGUAUCGAUUCAAGGAUGGCGCAACUAAAAAUUUUAUAAUAUUCAUUACUCAAAUUGAACAACUCGUCAGAGCUCCGCUGGAGACGUAAGCGCGGGCCCUGAAAUCAUUGGGGAUUAUCCCUGGUUCGCCGAGUGCGUGUCAAUGAGCGACAAAGAAAUGGAAGAUGCCUCUGCAAUCUUGAAGAGGCCACCCAUGCAGAAUCAAUCCACAUCCAAGCUAAGCGCAAGCGUAAUAGUCAGUGUGUUAUGUACAGGGGGUCGCAGUCGAGUCAUCUCUCAAGUUCACCAUAACUUACGUCAAAGUCUUCUAAUCCUCACUGGCACCCACAUCGAGUCAAUCCGAACAUAAUCACACACCAACAGGAAGUCAUGAUGUUGAGCGCAACACUCGCAGGGGACAGGACGGCAAAGCACUGCAGAAAGCAGCCGAUCAAUUGAAACACAAAGGAAGCGAACACAUGAAUUGGCCGAAGUUGCUUCUAUUCUAACUUCCAAUGGCGGAAGCCUUUUGCAUUGCAGCAACCAUCUGCAACGGCUAAUCAACCUAUUCCAAGGGCAGCCAGUAGCUAUCCUUGCCGAGUGCGCCCAUUUCCUGGCUAAGUACCAUUUGGAUCUCUCGACUAUGAUGGCGGCUUCUAACAAAAAGGGCAAGUCGCGUCAACCACUCAACGAAGUCACGCCGUCCAACGUGGCCUAUGCAAUCUACUUCACUCUCAAGCAAUGGGGGAAGAGCAUCAAACUGAGAAGCCGCACCGACCCAGUGCGCAGAGGGUUUUACAACCUAGAACUCCUGCCACAAGUCACCAACGCUUCGACGCGCAGCAUGCAAUCUAGAGGCGCCCUGAAGGUAAUAGCAACCUUUAGCAUCAGCGCGUCAGUAUCAGUAUCCAUUCCGUUAACGUAAUCCAAAUUCCUUUAGACCUCCAAUUUCGUCGCCACGUUUGUUUAUGUGCCAUCACCCAUUACGCAGGCUUUAUUUAAUGGCCGAAAUUUCGAGCGAUGAGCUAAAUCAGGCUCGACAACAAGUUGCCAAACGAAGCAACAGCAGCGAGUUCAGCAAUCCCAGCAUCCCAGCCAAGUAUCCCAAGUACGGGAGCACUUCGUUGGCAAACCCCAACGCAAUGGCAAUGGGUGGUGGCGGUGCCGGAAGUAGCAACAAGAACAAGGGCGGCAACAACUACGGCACAAAGAGUGCUGAUGCGCGUGUGUCUGACAUCCUACGUGGAGCGGCUGCGGAUGAAGCUGCAGCAGCAGCUGCGUUCCAAUCGGCUGUCAAAGUUGACGCUAGUACUACUUACAACUUUUUCUCCCACAGCAAGUUGUGCCGCAGCUGCUACAUGUUAGGCUACGGCAUGAACAUGAGCCACGUCUAUGGAUUCGAACACUGUGAGGCAGCGGGGAACACCUGCGCGAUCGCCUGCAAAAUCUGCUACCAGAAACAUGGAGUCACCGCUUACCAUUGGGCGUCAGCGUGUCCGUACCGCGAUGGCAUCUCUUCUCAGAAAGAAACAAAGGGGAGCGGUAAAGGGAAGAAGGGUAGCAAAGGAAAAAACAGGCAUCCAGGUUAGACAUUCGAGACGUCUAAGAAGCAUGCAGAUCAAGGCAACAUCCAACCAGUAUUAAAAAGUUAGAACGCCAGGAACUACCCUCAUCUAUUCACGAGAUAAUUGUCAAUAUCAGACCCAUGCAAUUUUUAAUAUUCACGACACCCCAUUCAGAACGGUAAUCAAUCCCACCCGUGCUCAUGAUGCUGAACAAAGCAAAUGCAACGUUGUAACGAUCCGCUAGCGUCUUACUAUCACCUCACGACUUUGCCACAAUCCAUUCGUUCGGCUCAACGUACUCUAUGAGGGAUUUCGGUUGGAUAUCGGUUGGAUUUUCAAAAAAAUUUUUUCGUUUUUUGUUUUAAAUUUUUACGGGAAGCACCAGGUUUGCCGGGGGAUUUUUUGCAGACGUUGCUGUCGCAAUUAUUUGCAUGCUUUGGCCAAAGCUAUCGGAGCGAGGCCUGCCGUUCCCACUCGUGACCUAAUUCGAGGCCCUGAAAGUACAAACUUGGGCGGGUGGGGUAGCUCAUUCUGGGCUACAGGUAGGCCGAGCCCAAAAGGUUCUAGUUAGCCUUUUGGGAGCUUCUGGGUCUGCUUUGAUUUUGAGUAAGGAUCUAAUUAAGCGUCUAGUUGGGCGUGAGUAUGAAUUUGAUAUGAAGGGCAGCUGCGUCGAAGUAUCGGAACUUGCGGAAAAGUGUUAUGGUCACGGUUGUGAUUUAGAGUAACUGAGAGGAGUUUCGAAUGAGUCGAAGAUGGGGAUCAAGUGGAGCUCUUUACUGCUUCGAGCUCUUCGCUAUGAACUAAAUUGUCGUAGUUCGUUUGUAAGAUCGUAAAAGAAAAACUCCAACAACAAUCGAUCGAAUCGCGCGUCGUGUCAUGAGAAGCGAGCCGACCUUGGAGUAGUUUUCGAAGACGGAGGCAGAGUUACUCAUCUGGAGGCGCACGCUUCGGCAAGUGGUUGCGUCGAUUCGUGAUUCCGAACUUCGUAGGGAUUGCUCAGCUGAUUGGGCAUUUACUGCAGGCGAGGAUGGAUAUCGUUUAGAUUUUCAGUCGGUAUAGUCGGCCUUUAUGGUGCAUCUCUAUAUGAAGAGCGUCUGAUUGGAAAAUUCUUAGUAGGGCUACACUUAGGGGGCGUAGUAUGUCAUAUAUUUCACAUGUGCAUAAUUAUAUCUUGUCAUAUUCUUCCACGCUCUCACGAUGAGCGUGAAUCCGAUCGGCCUUUCGAAAUUGCAGCGCCGCUUACUGGAAGCGGCGGGGAAAACAAUAGUAGCAGAAGAGACGACAUCUAGUAGUAGUUUGGAGAGCACAACACGAAGAGCAUCUGACUCAGUAGUCGAAGCGGCGGCAGAAUAUUUUGAAUCAGGACGAACAGAGGCAGACACAAGAGUACUCAAAAAAGUAGGCAUUUAUGUGCAUGAUCUAGCAUGGGAAAGAAUCUUGAAGAGGAUAGACCAGGGAGACGUGUCAGAAGUUUUGGUUAUACUUCAAACGGAUGGAACGACGAAGAAAACUCUGGCCUGCGAGCCAGGGUUUAGAGCUGCUGGCACGCUAAAAUGGAUGGUGUCCAACGCUUCGGUCAAGUUGGUUCUGGGGGAAGAGGAGCACGCUGUAGACCUGUGGCUACCUACUCAUCUAGCCGGAACUGCUCCGCGACCGAAGAGUGAUCUCCAGCGGAGCAAGUUGCCGAUCGAUAGUACUCUCCGAGUGAGCGAGAGCUACGACAAUGCGGACCUAGCGAUGCGGCAACUAGAUGAAUGCAUGGCGAAGCUAUGGAAAAAACCAGUAGUAGUAGUAGCGCCGACAGAUAGCGGAGGGUCGACACAGCUGCAGCAGCUUCACAUGGUGCUACUUGCGGACAAAAGCCCUGGGAUCGCAAUUCUAUGGGCAGACCAGUGCAGAGUACACUUGAUCGCCAUAUGCAGCAAGGCUGGAUAUGAGAAGUUUGCCCAUAUCGUGGGCUUUGACCCAAGGGCAUUCGAGAAGGAAGUCUACUGCAUUGUACUACUUGUUGAGGGGUUCUUCUUCUCAUAUUAAGCUUCUGACGUUUCAGCUUUGUUAUGAUUAAUUUCUUGAUUUUGAUGAUUGCGAGAAACUUCAGAUUUAAUUUACUUUCCUCUUAAAAUUAUUCGUGUCUAUGGCAAGCUAAAUUCAGAAACUAACGUUAUCAGGUCCAUAUUUGUCAGGAAUAGUUUCUCCUCUCAAGCAUCGUCAUGGCUGGCAGUAUGAGUUGUAAAUUUUUACUUUUCAGGCAUGGGGAAUUAAUGAAAAGAGCAUCAGUAUUCACAACGCGGUGAGCAAGCACAGGGGGCAUCUCUUUCCCGAGUGGGGGCCCGGCGAUGGCUUUGAUUCCGAUUCUGAACUUUGGAAGUUCAUGAACAUCGCCAUGAACAAGCGAGGAGCAGUAGAGGAGUUGAAGGGGAUGAUAGCAAUUCACAACAACAAAGUAGUAAUCAACAUGCCGGACCACGAUCCUCCAGCGGUGCGGCGGAAGCUUCACGCCUUGUUCACGAAGUUGCAGCUACCGAUUUGGACCAGGUGGCUUAGCUUUUCGAAUUGCGUCGGCGAUUUAUGCAUGCUUCUUUCAGUUGGAUUAGGAUGGGUUUUGCAUGCGGUGCAUGAGACACGGGGAAAAUAUGACCGGCUUCAGCUGCCGGCUCCAUAUUUCAACAAACAGAAGUCAAAGGGUAUUACUUAUUUAAACUAGACUGCUGCGUCAGUACAUACAAAUCUUCCUACUCAACUUGUUGCUGCUUGUCCAAUUUUUCAAUUGCUUUUCGUUCAGGUGAAAUUUUUGACCUUCUGCUGUAUCUGCUGUGUAUAGCGAAGUUUACUGAGGCUGGUGAAAAAGCAAAUGCGCGGUUCUUGGACGAGCAGCACUUCUUCACGCUGCCGGAAAUGAAGGAAAAGUACACAGUAAGCCACGAUGCUGCUGUGGAGUACUUUGAACGAGGCGAGCAAUUGAAAAAAGACCUGAUGAUGAUGAUGCCGGGGCGCGUGGAACCGUUUACAGCAGAAGAAAGUGAUAAGGUGUUGUUUAGUUUCAUUUGUUUGCUGCAUAAGUGUUUAGGACUUCCUGCUCAGUUGAACUCUUCUGAUUUCGUCCAAGGAAAUAAUAAACACCCACGACAAUUCAUGCGUUUCCUGAUCUGCUUAUUUCAUUCAGGCGUGACGUUUUCUUCGUCCUUGAGUUUCUGUUUUCACGAACAUGCAACAAACGACUUUCUUAGAUAUCCCGAGCACGGCGCGCGGCGGUGACAGCCUUGUGGGGUAUUAGAGCAGCUGUAUCUGAGGUUGCUUUUUUGGUCGUCAACGCGCAGGACCAAUUUCGAGAAAAGCUUCGGCAGUCGUCUGAUGAUGCUGCUCUUGAUUGGGCUUUGGAGUGGGAGGCGAACAACCUGGAGAUGGGCGGACUUGCAGAUAUCAACAUGCGGCACGUUUCUCGGAGGCUAAGAUCUUUACCGAGCAGGAGUGUGCAGCUGCGGUGGAUCAGGUCUUUAAAACGGUUGCUCAAUGGAUAUAGGAGGACUACUGCGGCGGUGGAGCGGCGAAUUGGUAGGGCUAAAACGAAUGCCAAACGCCGCUUCCUGAACGGCGCUGUGGGGCUUCCGACUGUGGAUUGCCUUACAAACCGGAAAGACCUAGUAGAUUUUCGCGCUAGUGUAGAAGAAGGCGUUGAGUACUAUGCUGCGCGUGAUGCACGAGAAAAUAUGGACUCUGAUCAAGAGUCUGCACUUCAGCUACCCGCUAGAGCUGCCCGGUAUAUGCAACCACGAGACUACGACAUCAUGACAGCAAAAAUGCUGAAGAAUCCGGAACUAAAGGAGUUGACGCCUAAGUCGCGGCUGCGAAGCGUGCGUGGUAAAAUUAAAGUGGGUGUGAGAGUUGCAGUUACGGAUGACGACAGGCGCGUGUAUCAAGAGAAGUACGACGCACGAUUCGCGGCGGCCGCGGACGAUAGCGACACAUCAGACGAUGAGGCGGAGCGUCCUGCUGCUUCGCAGAAGUCUCUUCUGAUUGCAAAGAAGUUCUACGACGAGAUUGAAGAUCAGGCGAUGCAGAUGGUGAUCGACAUGCGAAAUAAUUUCGAAUGGGGCAGUAAAACCCUUUGUGCAAGAACAGACCGGUCGCAGCAGGUUGUCCGUCAAAGCUCAGAGGAGGUAACGCUGUUGGUUCGAAAACCUAAUGCGUGUUACCAGGUUGGCCGGGUGAUGUAUGCAGUGAAGAAACAAUUGAAGGAGGGAGAUUCGCACCAGGAAGUAGUAGAACAACUGGGCGGCUUACAGUUGCCUAUGCCGGAAGUAAAUAAUGAUGUUGGUGAGGAAGUAGUUCCAGACGAUGACGUUGCUGCGGACAGCAUGAAGGUGAGUGUCCCGGAGGACAUAGCAAGCUCCGCGCAGACAAUUUUGCGGAUAGGAGCAGCUGUUUUCGUAACACAUCUGAAAUCAGGGAAGCAGGUGUGCUUUCUGGUCACGCAUCAGGACAUGAGUAACUAUCAUUUCAAAGCAGUAGAACUGAUUAGAGACGCAGGCAUUCGGCAGCGGACGCUAUACAAGUUCGGCCGUCUAGUUCUUACCACGCAAAUCCCGUCGCAUGCAAAGGCUUUCGAUUUAUCGGACGUGGGAGUUCAUCUCUGCAGCUUUUGCACGAACAUGUCGCGGGGGGUCAGGAUUGCGGUGAACCCUCAGCCGCUGCAGGUGCAAGGACAGCGAGCAGAGUCAACGCAUGCGAACACAGUGAAAGCAGAGCGGCAGCCAGUGAGCAAACUGGAGAAGCGCCUUCUUGAAGUAGCAAAUAAUCAGUAUGUAGAUCCUUUUGCGCCUGUUGUUGAUCUUCCUGAAGCAAUUGUUACUCGCAAGCAGAAACGACCACCCCAGCAGCACGAGGAGCAGAGGCAGAAGAUUCCGGACGAAAAACGUCAGAAGCCUAAUAGUCCGAAAAUGGGAAAGCAGUCUGAGAAACUGACGGAGGACCAAAGGGAGAAACACGACCGGGAGCGUGCAGAAGCGACGAAGCAGCUCAAGCGCUGCAUGCGGGUAGAGGGUUUUACAGUGAAACUCAACGGGAGUGUCACAACCCAGUCGUACUACGGGCGUGCGCAUGAUCGUUUCGAAGUCAAGUGCACGGACCCAGAAAUGAAGAGAGAUUUCAAGAAAAUGCGGCAGAAUAGUAAUGUGGACUUUCUUGCGAAAUCGACGGAGAACUGUAAGCGUAUUGUGGGCUAUAGGGAGGAGGAGCAAGAUUUUGGUGAGGCGCUGGGAGGAUUGUGGGCGUGCCGCACGCGAUUUCUGUUGCAGAACUGUAAGAAGUAUGUAAAAGAUAUCAAGUUUAAGAAUACUGACACUACAUCACUGAAACAAGCAUGGCAAAACGUUUCUGCGCCAUUUGUGGCGUAUGCCAAACAGAAAGCAUAUGGUGACUCAAGAUUAUUAGACCGCGUGAAGGAGAUGGAAUUAAUUAAGGACAGCUGCAUGAAGCAUUUAAAGUUGAAGGACGUGAAUGGCUAUGAUGAUGUGGUUCCGCAAGCCUAGAAGAAAAUCGUGCUGAGCUGAUUUCGAAGACCUGGGUAUUUACUUCUGAAGAGCCAGACUUUCCAUGUGGAUUCUGGCUGGAUUCUUCGUGGAUUUUUUACCAUAUUCCUUUGUGUUCGGGAUGGAUUGAAAGUGGAUUUUCGCGGUAGUGCAAAAUCCUGUACAAUUCCUUUAGAAGUGAUUUUUAGCUCAAUAAUCCGGGCAAAAUCCAGGCAGAAUCCAAAUGGAAUCCUGAGGAUCUUCCUGUGUCUAUUCUGGAUCUUGGUCCAAAAUCCAAAUGAGAUCAGCCAGCCUAAACAGGGGACAAGAGCGGGAUCAUCUGGUCACAUUUUCAAUUAAUUGUUUUUCGUUGAAAGUGAAUAAGUCUAGUUCUCAUUUUUUCUAAUUCGAGUUUCCAUCGAGCCAACUGCUUCGUCAAAGCCUUCCGUUAAAAUCUCUCUGUAGCUUUGAGAGAGAUUUCGUGCAGAAGAUAUUCGUCUUCAGUCGUUCCGAGUGGUUCUCGCCGCAGGCUCGUUUGCUUUCAAAAUGAACGCUGCGCACCAUUUGACGGAGGAGCAAGCGGCCAAGCGCCGGAAGCUCCAAAAGUCUUUGACCGAAGACGUCACCGACAAGAUCUUGCGCAACCCAGUCUUAUCCUGGAUCGUGCCAGAGAAGGCGGUAUUCAUAUUUUUUCUAAACCAGUAGAGACCUGGGGAGAAGCUUUUACUUUUUUGCUGUAGAGUUCAAAUAGCGUUGUAGUUGCAUUGAUUUCUUUCUUUCCUCAAUCCUUUCCGUCAUAAAAUCAGUAGAGCUUUCUUCUUGGGUACUUGGUAUUUAUCCAAGCCAGUUGCUGUCUGUCUUCUCGACGAAUCGCUUCUCUUUUCACAGGAGCACCUCAACGUGACGAACGCUCUGAAGCGUGUGGUGAAGGUCCACAAGUACCGUCAGACGACUAUUGUAGCCUCGAUCGAGGGAAUCGCGAAUGGCAGCAUCCACAUGGACGAUAUGAGCGAGGACGAGAAGACCAUUAGGUCCGCUUUUCUCAAGCUCGGAGCAUUGAUGUUGAUGAUGCUCGGUGAGAGCGAGACCCGCAAGAUGGUGACCUGCGUGGUUCGCUGGAAGGAUACGAUUGCGGCUUCUACCUGGCAACGCAUUCACGUACUUUUCUCUCAUUUCUUGACUCUCGUAUUGGUUUUAAUAGGACGAGUGGACUCCUGGUUGUAGUGUUCUUCAACAUUGUGCAACAGUCUCGCGGUCGUAUAUCCUAAACAAAGGCCAGAGAUUAUUUUCGUCAUAUCGCAAAACAUAGUCACCAUGGAAAUCGUUUUCAUUUCUUCUUUCAUCAUUUACCCUGCGCACACUCGUCACGACAGACUUUGCUUCGCCGUAAAUGCGACCUCCUGACGUCCGCGCAGCAGGCUUUUGCGACGAUUGAGGAACUGCAAAAGGUGGCUAAGAACCACCCCGACCAGCUGAACGAGUGUGAAUAUCAUGCAGUGGUGGCAUACUGCAAAGGGGUGGCUCGUGACCGAAAGAGCGAGUCUGUGGAGUUGAGGAACAAAACGCCAGUGAUGAUCGCAGACUGGUUCAGAUUUCUCAUGCAAUUGCUUAUGAUAGUACUUGCGUGCUGGAGACCUCGGGCUAUCUUUUUGCACAACUAAGUCGGUCAAAGUUGUAGGCUUUUCUCUAGGAGUUCAAAAUGCUUAGAGAUUGAUCAGCUUAAAUCAACGCAAUCGAUUGCAAACACCGACCAUCGGGCAGAGUUCUUCACGUUUCUCUGAAUUGUCAACACAGGAACGAGAAGCACCAAUCGAUCUUCGGGGGAACCUUUCCGACUCUUCUGAAAUUCAGAGACGAGAUCAACAACUGUGUGACCAUGUCCAUUACGUACGACGACUUGAUUGGGCGCUUGCGCCAGCAAGGCAACGGCCCAAUUCGCGACAAUGCGCCAGAAAACAACUCCGCGUGGUACAUCUGGUCGAAAACCGUGAAGGUACUAGCUUUUCUGUCUAUUUUUUCGGAUGAUCUUGAAAAUUCAAGUCGUUGCUUCUUUCUUCGCCUCAUGUUCUACUCGAUUAUCACAGAUGCUGGAGGAUGCGCAGCUUGAAGUUGUGGCGCAGGCUUUCAAACGCGCGCUCUUGUGCUUGUUCAACACCACGAACGACCCGGGCCUUCACCCGGCCACUCUGUCAACCUAUGCCGCUAAGCUGAAACCGGUCUACGACAAGCAGCUGAUGCGCGACUGCUUCGAGGCGCUGAGUCGCAACGUCACCGACUUGGCUACCUGGGUACUUUCUAGAGCUUACACCUGUUUCGGUAAUGUUCGUCUAGAGGGUUUCGAGGUUUGAAGAUUUUCUUGCAAUUUUAGCAACAGAACCUCAAAAAUUGAUGCUGUUUGUCACAAGAAUCUUGGUAGUUUUCGCCAUGGAGAUGAGAGAGAUACACCUUCAGUCAUUUCCUCACUUCUUUGCACAUUGCUGUGCUGUAGUUUUCUCCUACCCUUUCUCCAGGUGGACGACGGCAUGCGCAACGGUCUCUGUCGUGUUUGCGAGUAUUUUACCGAUGAAAACGUGGCAAUCCCGGUGCAGAUUCGUGUCAUGCGUACUACCAUGGAGAACGUUCGUGUCGCCUAUCAGCAGGGAGGUCACACGAGCAAGAAGGGCACGUCCUUCUUGAAGGACCACGCUUCUCAGCCGUUUAUCGCGCUAGUGAAGGCGCAGAUGCAGUCGGAGGCAGUACGCGAGCACAACGAGACGGUUGACGCGCUUGCCAUCUUGGCCGAAUACCUCAAUGAUGAGCAUGCGAGUCCCUUCAACGCUCCCGCGGUGACCCAUUGGAAGGCCAAAUUCAAGGUCACUCAGCCGAAGACCUGCGUCGAACGCAUCAACACUCUGGUGCACUUCUUGGAGAAGUUCACAGGCGGCGCACCCAUCGGUGAUCAAGAUCCAGCGAAAGCCUGCGGAUACCGCGAUGACAUCGAGCCACUCCUCAGGGAGCACUCUUUGUUGGACGGACCUUUGAGAGCCUUUCUCAAAGCGUGGGUCACGAGCCGCGACAGAGUUGCUGUCAACGUCUGCGAGAACGCUAUCGCUACUGGUAUGAAGAUACUUAGUCUAAUCGUUGUAGUCAUAAGUCUCCGGGUACUAGAGUUCCUGUCAUGACCAAGCAAGUAUCUUCGUGUCUACUACUGGGCUUGCUUAUUAACCUCUGGUCGACCAUUCUUUUCCAGGUACCAAAGCUGACGCCGAAAUCGGAUUCGCUGCCCUCUCGGAUACUUGGCAUGACCUUGCCCCUCAAGUCCAAAACGAUUUUGCAACUCGAAUCGCCAAGAUGGGAGCUGCGCAAGCCCAACAAGGUCCCCCGCAGGUCGCUGCAGCAGACAACAGCUUCUAACGGUGAAGGUUGGCCGUCGAGGUGGUAGCAGAAGAGUGAAACAAAAUGAGACUGAGUCUUCGCGCAACAAGUAGCGAAGCGUUCACUUUUCGGGGUGGUUGCUUACAAGUAGAUAGAGCUUCAAGCUGCUUUUUCUCGUAAGUAUCAACAAUUCACACAAAUGCUUGACUUCUCGUUGCUGCAGGAUGGGGCAGCGUUUGUUAUCCCAUUCAGAGUCGACUUCAUGCUUAUGAAAUUACUGAUUUGAGUCCUCGCUUUCAAUAGUCUUCGCGAUCUGUUGUAGUUGGGAUUUCACUUGUCUGGUCUUGAUCAAUGAACGAGCAACUAUUUUCAACGUGAAAAUUCAUGCACUGAGGACCGAGCAAGUUUUAUAUCUAUGAGUACGUGAGUUAUAAUUUCAGUCGCUUAAUUUUGUAGCGGUACAGGUAGAGCUUCACCAUCAAAGCAAACUAAUGCGAGAAGUAUGAACCUAAGACCCGCCACACUUGAAGGAAUGACUUUUAGUCUAUAUGAGGAAAAAGCAGCGAAAGAACGACCUGAAUUGAAGAAAUAAAACCAAGCCCUAUAUGUUAAAUUUCUACACCUUCAGUAUUGUUUUGAGUGAUUCCCUAGUCCUUGUUUCUGCUGUUGCUAUCGUUUCGGUGCAUCUUCGAGAGUCCGCUAAUGUACAGUCUGAUAACAUGGUCGCACCGUUUACGCUCAUCGUCAUGUUUGAAAGGUGGAUAGAUAUAGCAGAAGGGUCAUGAAUUUUCUACAUAAUAACGAACUGCUAACAGAUGACAGAACUACCUUGGUUGAUUAUGAAACGGACCUGAUUCCCCGGACCUUUGGGCGCUUGUUCUCUUCGAAUUCUAUUAGAUUUCGCGUGAUUCUUGUGUCUAAUGUUUCUACAUGAAUAUUCUUCAUUUAUAAAAAAUGGUGCUGCUAUCUCGAAUGAAGUGGUCUGCUCCUUCUUGAUAGAGAAUGUGAGUUGUCUAAUCGUAUAAGACUACCUGAGUGAUAUCGCCUCGGGCUUCGAAAAUGAACUAGCGGACUUAUCUGAUCGACCUCCCUUUCUUCCCUCUUCUUUCGUGAAGUUAUCAGAGAAUCAGAAUCUUUUGAGCUCCUAAACUACCUGGUCUAUCUUAUGCGCGCUUAUCUUCGGCUCUAGUAAAAAUGAUGAUGAUAGACUGAGACACUUCAACCAAUCCCCUCAAGUCCUGCGAUUGUUGCAGCCUGAUGAAGACAGGCGAUGAAUUCCAUCCAGAAAUCUGUGGCCGCACUAGAAACCUUGGGAUGCUUGUUGUCGUUUUCUUCAACAUCUGAAGCCACGCAGAAACCUUGCGAAUGAAAUGAAAAAAAUACCCUGAAUAGAAAUACUCUCCUCUAUGUGAUGGAAGAGGAUAGGUCUCUCUGAGAUCAUCAAAGCAGGCAUGGCUUGCCUCAGACAUUCGAUCUUCCUCGGCUUCGCGUUGUUGCUCGUUGGAUGUGAGCGAGGGGAUGAAGGCAUGAGGGAACGCCCAAGGGUGUCGCUGGAUGUUUGUCUUUGGAUCUUGCUGUCGCUUCGCAGUUCGUUCUCGUUGUGAAUCUAAUGAUGAAGCAAACGAGAGAAAAAAAGGCACUCCAGCGGAAAGAAAAAGCGAAGCCCUUGACGUAGAUGGGGCUCCUCUGCUCUGUCUUCGGAUAAUGUUCUUUCCGAGCUGUAAAAAGUAUCUCACUAUGUCAGGACUUUGGGCAUGUCGUACCUUGGUGGUAAUUGUUUAAUGAUAAAAGGAAAAAAUAAAAGAAACAUGUCGCGCCGAUUUCCGCAGGAGAGCGGUGGCAUCUUGUGCGCUGCGGUUCCAGUGCUGACAGCGGUGGCCGCCAUCCCGCCUCGAAAGGGGUCUCGUUCCUCUUCUUGCAGCAGAGCACUGGUGCGGCGUCGAGAAGGCGCAACUCCACACGGGCAGCACCUACUGCCUCUGUUGCUUGUUGCGAUCAUGUUGCUGCAGCGUGCCCGGGUGGCGUUCGUCGUCGUGCAAAUGACAGCCGCGAACUCCGUCGCGAGAAUCGUAUGGAGGCAGUGUUCCAGCCGCUUCGGUGGAUCGGUCGAGGGAUGAGGCGAGUGUGUCGGUGGUUUGGUUUCUUUCCUGAGAGAGUGAGGGUGAGAAGCGAAAAAAUUUCUUUGAAAAUCCUGCGAAUGUCCGCCAGCGGUAUCUGUAGCAGGCCGUUCUAUCCAACAUUCGGCUGCGCGUUGCCAUGAGUCACGAAUCGCGGCCAUUAUGUCUUUCGCUCUGUAAAAAAAAAAAAAAUUUGUCGAGAGUUGACAAAGUUCCGAGAGAGAAUGAACCAAGGCGAGCGCAUAUCGAGCUGAUAGUCAUACUGUGAGCCUAGGAACAGAGCAUCACUCUUAACUUCGUGGUCGGUCGUGAUGUCGCUUAACUUUAAGAAAAUAUAUAAUGAGGGACUCAGGUCUCACUGGAGUCACGAGAGCGGCAAGCCCGUACUUCCGCGCAAGCGACGACCGUCAGAUACCGGCAUCAUCGUCGAGUUUCAGCAUUCGUGAUAGAGAUAAACUAGUACACGGCAGCGUCUCACUUCCCACAGCAUCAAUAGUGUCCAGCAACGUCGUCGCGUCAGACAUCGACCAAGCCAUCCAAGAAGCUGAAGCUUUGACACUACCGCUGGACAGCACAGAAGAAGAGAAGUGCAUCGCGGGGAGUCAUAACGUUGAAAAAUUAGCCGAAGUUGAAUCUCCACAGUUCCACUCUGUGCGUGAAGAAGAUGGGAUCACUGUAAUCAACACCGACGACGACUUCAAAAACGAGCUCAAGGCACUCAAGGCUUCAGUUGGCGGGCUAUCAGAAUGGCGCCGAACGCUCAGCGAACAGCAAUCCAGGGACAAAGAUUCCAAGAAGUGCAGGAACUUCUAUCAUAGGGCCGAUGUGAAUGCCAUCGACUUGCAAACUUUCAAAAAAGAUGAUCACGCUUUCGAUCAGUUUCCACUUCGACCAGUACUAAAGGAGCUUUUAGUAGAAUCCGCGUUCACGGAUGUGCAGUCAUCAUUAGCAGAAUCGUCGGCGACCACCUACCAGUCGACUCCUAGCACAGUUGUGCCACGAGUUUGCGCGGUGUUGCGUUUCAUUCUUUGGCCAAUAACUUCCGACGGCGAGGCGCUCUCGUUCUUUACAAUUUUCACGAAAUCUAGGCUGUGUUCCAACGCGUGCACCAAGGUCGACGAGUUUGACCCGUCGAAGAGAGCGAUCUGGUGGAACAUCUUUCAGCAAUUGCCAGCCGCAGUAGGUGCAUUCAACGCCGCCAGAAACAUCCCGCAUGUGUUGGCAGACAAAGGCCCCAGGCUCAAGCGGCACUGGGUGGGUUUCAAGAAAAACGCUUAUCAUAACCCGCAAUGCCUGAAGUUCACUCCUAAACUCCAAGACAUUGCUGAUUUUGCUUUCGCAGCACACACGAAUUGGAGAAAGGAAGUUGCGAUCGCAUUGGGAACAAAGCUAGGACCUGGCUUACCUUCUCCGGUGUUAACCGACAAGCGGUUCCUUAGUGCUUCCAUCGUCCUUCAGCGUGCGAUCGUCCUCAUUUUGGGUUUCUUUGGCGUAAGACGAAGCGACGAGCUGAGGCGUCUAAGAGCAAGCAACAUCUUCACAGUCAGCAGCUCGAUCGUCUACAUCUAUGUAGAAAGCGCCAAGAGCGACAAGUUUGGUGCGGGUCACAAAGCAGCUACUCCAGUCAUUUUCAGCGACAUCGUCCGAGCUUGGGUUAAAUUCUCGGACAAUUUCCAUCGUUUUCAUCUCAGACAACAUUGGUCGUGCACGUCUGCGCCGUUUUUCUACGCGAUCGGACUGAACAAUAUCCCAACCAGAGGCAAACCAACUGGAAAGGAUUUCAUUAGGCAGCAAAUUAGCGCUGCUCUGGGUCAUCUCAAGCCAGCCGUUACCGUUGGAGGAAUAUCUUUACGCAAGGCAGGUUCGCAAUUUUUCACCCACUGGGACCAGUCACGCAAACUAGCCUAUUUCCAAGGCGGGUGGCGCAGCGCGUGUAUGUUGGGCUCUGUUUGCGCUCCUCCUGAAAUUGUCGAGAUCGCUCAAAAGGUUAACCAUGUCAGCGAUCUCGCGUUUAGUAAAUGCAAGAAUUUGCAAGUUCUAUCGGAAAUUGAUGAAUAUAUGUCCAAACCUUCUGUGGUUGACUUGGUGAAGCUGGCCUCUUGGGUCAACAGUGUUGCUUUGUCCCACAUUUCGUCCUCGGAUAUGCGAGCCGCAGCUCCGAAGUUAACCGAAAGCGUCGGAUCGUCAACGGCACAGCGGACAAAGCAACUUUUGGUCGUUUCGCGGCAGUCUUGUCGUCCGCCACGUUGUAACCAUGGCAUCACCCUUCGGGCGCGGUAGCGCGGUUAUUUCACCAGUCGAAGCGCAGUUAGGCCUUCUUCCACGUCCGCAGUUCACCAUUGGCGACUACACGCGUCGGAGUUUGCCUAUCAGACAUGACCAGUUACUCGAUUACUUAAUACUUAUCGGCACAAGAUGGGCCCCGAGAUGGUUGGAGAUAUUUUGAGGACUGUUGCGCAGUUGACGGCCUCUCGCUCAAUGUUGAGGAAUGCGUCCGCUGGGGUGUCUCCCCUGACUCUAUUGAGCGGUGGUUUGGCGGCCUCAAAUUACGCAUCGUUAGCGAUAAUUUUCAGACUUCUCAAACGGAGAACAAUUCGUCAACUGUCACUCACCAAGAUACCUUUGUCAGCGAAGUGCUCCGUUUAUCUGACAUGAGGAAAGUUGUUAUUUACGAUGCCACGAGGGCCCGGCCGAAUUCUCGGGUAGGGGUCUUUCCUCACCUGCAGACCUAUUGACUGCCCCCGCUUCGGUGCUGUUACAGAAGCAGGGCACCAAGAUUAGACUCAUCAGUGAUUGGAGCGCCUUAUCCUGCGCGCUCAGCCAGUCGCUGUUUGCCACACCGGUCGACUACGCGUCUUGGUGGGAUCUCUUUGAAGGUUCUGAGACCCGGAGCUUAUGUCUCCGGUCUCGAUCUGAAGGACUGUUUUCCGCACUGGCUUUUGCACCCGUCGCACAGACGACUGCUCGGCUGAGGUCUACCGUCCGUUCCUUGCAAGGCCGCCCAUCUUUUUCCUCCGUUUGGCAUCGCGCCGGCGCCCGGCGAAAACGACGCUAAUGCGAAGGAGCUCGUCAGAGUCUGUCACUCAGCAGGCAUAAAAUCGCACAUGUUCGACUACGUGGACGACAUAAGAUCGGUUCUUCCCGGUGCCAAGUGCCUGCCUCAACUCAAGAAGAAACGAGUCGUGAAUUAGAGCGACAGUUCUUCCUCCUCACUGCGCUUGGCUGUAAGCUGCAUGACAAGCCGGGGAAAAAAGUUGCCGCUGCACAGCGUUUCCCAUGGUUGGGCUUCCAGUGUGACACAAAAGCCAUGUGUAUGAAGAUCGAAGAGGGCAGGCGCCUCGACUACAUCCAGUUCGUCGAUAAAUGUUUCUCCGAUGUUGAGACUUCUGGCAGGUGUAAAGUCAAAGAAUUAGCUUCCGUCAAAGGAAAGCGUGGAUCUUGCACUUUCGUGGUCAGCCGUGGCUCGGUAUCUGCAAUGCAAAACGACAUCCAAGAAUCUGGAGCGACGAAACAGUGGCAGAAGAGCAGCAAACUCAGCCCAUCUAUCACACCUUCGCAAGCUGCUCUGGCGGGAGUAGUCUGGUGGCGACGCGUCCUUGCGUCGGAUCCUGCUGCUCCCAUUUUCUUCAAUGGCAAGCGUUGUUUCAUGUGGCGGGAAGAAGUCCUAACCUUUGGGGGCCAGUUCCUCCGAACAAUUGACCCAAGCAUUCUAAAUCUAAUCGUAGUCCAUGGCGACGCGGCGACUUCGAUUGGUACUGGUUGGGGAGGCACCGCCAACGGCGCCAGAUUCCAGGGUCUUUUCAAUGAUCGCUGGUCGUCAACUUCGAUUAAUGCCAAAGAAGCCAUAACGCCUGUCAUGCUCCUUGAAGCCUUCCUGGCUUCGGGAGGUUCGGCCCGGAGCAAAGUCAUCAUGUACUACUCUACGUCGACAAUCCAGCUGCGAAAAAGGCCUGCAACAGUCAAAGGUUCGCCAACAUCUUCGGAAAUGGCUGACGCCUCAAACGAGAUUCGCACUUUCGUCCUCAAGCAUUGUUGCGAGUUAGUUACAGGGAAAACCUUUGGAGCUGAAAACCCCAUCGCUGAUGCGCUGUCUCGCUUCGAGGACUCUGCUGCAAUCAUGAGCGACCAGUGCCCGGAGCGUUCUCUUUCUCCUCGGUGUUGGAAAAUCGUCGAAAACAAAUUCCCGGGUCUUGACACUGUGGCAAUGGCAUCCGACACGCAACCGGCGCCACCUAGCCUCGACUUCUCCUUUUCAGUCAACAGCAUGCCCUUCCACAACACCGGGCACCUUCUUCAUCACAAGUCAUGGCGGUUCCCGCCAACGUCUCUGGUUUAUGCGUCCCUUAAAUUCCUGGACAAACUAGUCACCAACGUGCCGGAGGCUGCGCGGCCGCGUUUCGUCAUAUUAGUUCCCACGCUAAGAGGUCAACUUCUGCCCCUCUGCUCGCAGUUAUUUCGCGGACCCACCUUUAAGCGCGGGAGUCUAAUCUUCCGCACUCCCUCCAGUGCUGCUGAGUUCGCAGCUGAUUCUGAGUACGUGGCUUGCUCAUCCGUACCUUCACAAAUUUGGUCAGUGUCGUUCUCCCCGCCAUUAUCCGUUCUUCUCCAAAUGGAGCUGCUUCUGCGUAGUGCGAGACUCCGCAUUUCCGCUCACUUGCGCGACCGUGUGAAGUUGGGUGACAUUGCUCUCGCCCCCGAAGGAGCUAUCGUUCACAUUUGCUGUUGCACGGCCAAGCGCCCUAUGGGAAUCGCGAAGGCUAUUUUCAAAGUGCACCCGGCCGCCUCCCGCUACCACGAACCACCGAGUUCAAAACCUCGCGGCUCCUUUGAGCACAUCGGCAAGAUAGUCAACGUGUACGCAAUGCACUUCCCUGGGCCGCCACGCGCGUUAUCUUCAUCUUCAUCGCCACCGGGCGACGCAUCAACGCGCCUCGAGUUUUUCGGUCGGUCAAUGGCAUUAAUUCCACUUCAUCUGGCGCGUGCCGCUAUAUCUUCUGUGGCAGUUCCGCUGGACAUCGGAGCUGGUAUGUGCGGUGGCAGGGUCACCGAUUACGCCCUCGCUCUCGACGAGUUUGUCGCUUCGUGCAGAAAAUUGAAUAUCACAGUCGUUCUAUAUCAACUCCCGCACUCUCGCUGACUUUUGACAUCUAUUGUGCCUAUGCUGGCCAAAUCGUUCUUCACAACGAAUUCCACAAUUCAUAAGUUCAAAACGAUGCCACUACUGCGAGUGGGCUAGACUGGAUGUCUGGCUGUACUUGCAAGAUAACGCUCCUAGUGUCUCUUUCGUCAGCACCUACUCAAUGCUCAUCAAUUGUUGUUAUGCUAGAAUAGCGUAGGUGUUCGACAUAACCAAUUUAGGAGCGUUAUCGGUGCUGGCUGUCAUCCCAAACAUCAUGCCAGUACUCCGUAUUCAGGGGGCUGCGCAUCCUACACGCAGUGCACUCGGGGCGCCGAGUGUAAUAUUCCAUAAUCCAUAUUCUAACUCUGUACUCAUUCAAAACAAAACCCACCCUCCACUCCCUCAAUAUUCCCAACCAUCAUUCACUCCAGCCCACUCCGCGGUAGUGCUCGUUGGCCAAAUCCCAAAUCGUUCUUCGCAACGAAUUCCACAAUUCAUAAGUUCUUUCAAAACGAUGCCACUACUGCGAGUGGGCUAGACUGGGUGUCUGGCUGUACUUGCAAGAUAACGCUCCUAAUGUCUCUUUCGUCGGCACCUACUCAAUGCUCAUCAAUCUCAAAUGGUAUUGGCCGCAUAAGCGCAGAGAUAGCAACUAGCAAACAAACGCUCGCUUCUCUCCAAAAAGAGCUGGAAAAUCUGCAAUAG